AUGCAAUCUCAGCUGCAAGUCACUAAAGUGCAAUACGGUCUUGCGGGAUAUGGUUCACUCUGUGUGGUUAUUCUCGGUAGCUUUUUACCUGUACGCAAAUACUGUUAUGAAUUGUUUUUGGGCACACAUUUACUUGGUGUGGUUUUUAUAGGGCUCAUUGCAGUGCAUACGCCCUAUGCCAUGCGGUACUUUAUUAGUGGUUUAUUUUGCUAUUCUUUAAAUCUAGUAGCAGUUUGGUUUGCCAAGACGUACAUGGCUCAAGCUCGAUUCGAAGUGCUUCCGGAAGGUUGUACCAAGAUUUCGAUUCGCUUAUCUAGUCCCAUCAAAAAGCAUCAUAUUGGGCAACACAUUAAUUUGUGCAUUCCUACUAUAUCCGCCUUCCAAUGGCACCCAUUCACCAUCACCAGCGUACAACAACAACACGCCAAGCACCAAUAUUCAAUAGAAGUAUGUGUGAUUGCACGAGGAAAUUUCACCAACGCGCUGUACAAGAAGGCGAAUCCAUCUCAAGAACUGCCAGUGUUCGUGAGUGGACCGUUCGGUAGUCAAUGUAUUCUAUCGAUGGAUAUCCUUAACAACCAAAGCUCUGUAGUCAUUGCUUCUGGUGGCGCUGGUGUUACAUUUGGAAUGCGUCUUUUACGUGAAUUAACCGACACUCUGAUCACGUAUGAUGAAAAUAAGUCAGUCAAUGACACGUUAAAUCAUUGGAAGACCAAAGAUAUCUACUUCUAUUGGACAGUUAAGCGUCCUCUUGAACUGGAAUGGUUCCGACAUGAAUUGGAGCAAUUAAACUACUUGUAUGAACAGAACAAGCAGUUUCCCCGACUCCAUAUUCAAUUACAUGUGACUUCAAAAGAAGAGAGUGUGAAUGAAACUUCGAGCUGUACAUUUGACGAGUCUACUACUCAUUCGAGUGGUGUAGCUUCAGAAGGGUUUUUAAAUGAAAAAAGCAACAGUGUUGCUAGAAAAAGUGUUGAAAUUACACAGGGUGAGCGCCUUGACCCUAAAUCACUGUUACCUCUUGAGUCAUCUACUGUGUGUGGUCCGACUGGUUUUAAUGCGUCAUUUAAGAACGCUGUUGCCUCAUUAUGUAACAGGAAAUCCGUCAAUGUAACUCUUCAUUGUGAAGAUUUCGGAUAUUAA